AUGGUAAGAAAAAAUUCUGCAGCAGGACAGCCGGUACCGAUUAGAAGGAGCAGGAGAAUCGCUAGAAGAAGAAGGAGUGGAAUUGCAGAGUCAUCCAGGAUGGGAGAAAGACAUAAUCAAGAUCAACAAGUCCAUCAUCCGAUUCAACGAGAACCUGUGCAAGAUAAUGUUAUUGACUACGAUAGAGUGAGUGUUCAUACUUCGCAAACAGUUUCAACAGAAGAGGCUGAACAAAGGACUGGAGAGGGAGGACUCAUAGAAGGAACUGAUGAAGAUAUGACAAUCGAAGAACUUCGACAUAGGUUGGAUGCGGAAAGAAGUUUACCAGUAUUUACCAACAUCUUUGAUGGAACAACCUGUGCGAUACAGCACAUAAAAGCCUAUGUGCAAUCUUUAUUGCAAUGGGAAGAUCAUGAUGCAGUUCUUUGCAAAUAUUUUUCGGCAAGCUUGUCGGGAGAAGCUUUGAAGUGGUUUGAAGGUCUACCUACUGGAAUAAUCAGAUCAUUCAAUCAUUUACAGUCAAUAUUCCUAGGAGCAUACAUCAAUAACAAUGUAUUAAGACCAGGCAUAGAGCAAGUAUUUGGUUUGGGAAGAAGAACAAAUGAAGACCUGCGAAGUUUAACCACAAGAUGGAGAACUAUGUGCAGUGAAAUGGAUGGACGAGUGGAUGAAAGAAAUCUCAUAUUAGCGUUUAUUAAUGCACUCUUCGCAACAGAUUUGCUAUACACACAAAUUUUCAGAAUUAAAGAAACCAUAUCAAUGAUAGAGUUACGCGAGUAUCCGGAAGAAUAUAUCGCUCUUGAACAAAAGGAGAAAGAAAUGGAAUCUUAUCUCGUGGCUAAUAGAAACACAAAAGCUGGGAAUGCGAGUUUACUUCCUAAGAUAACGAACACAAUCGCAAGUACAUCUCAAGGAAGACACGAAAAGGACAUAAAUGAAGAUCAACAAAAACUAGUAGCAAUGGGUAGUCGAGAUCAAGAAGAGUGGUAA